AUGAGACAUUAUGGAUUAGGUGCAUCCAUAUCACAAAUUACAGCAUUUCAUGAACAGAAUACGAAGGAACCUAAGAGAGAACUUCCACAGGAUGAAAGUUGGAAGAAGAAAGGGAAGAAAGAGAAGAAAGCCAAGAAGCAGGAUGCAGAAGAGAAGACCAACUACAGUCGAAAUAGGAAGAAGAGACACACUGAGAGUAAAAAAACAAUUCCUGUAGGGGAGAAGCCCCCUGAAGAUGGAAGGAAUAAAAGGAAAGCUGUUAAAAAAGAUCAAACUAAGAAGAGAAAAGAAAGUCUCUCAGAUGUGACAAGUAAACCUGAGAGCAAGAAGAGAAGACAAGAAGAGAAAGAAGAAACAACUAAAAGUAAAAAGAAAACCGGCUUAGAAGAGAUGAAAAUUCCUCAGAGCAGCAGAAGAAGGAAGGAGCAGGACAAGAGGAAAAGACCAAGGAGCCCAGAAGAUCCAUUGGAAGGUGGAAGUGGAAGUGCACCGAAGAAAUCCCAUGUGGAUGAGAAAAGAGCAGCCCCCCUGGACAUACAGAGGUACAAAUUCCACCAAGAGCUAGGAGAAGGCACGUUUGGACAGGUGAUGUUGGCAUCAUAUACACCGAAGAAACAACUUGUUGCAAUUAAGACGGUGCCCAAACAACCCAGCAAGGGCAACUAUACCUGCAUCAUGAAGGAGGCCCGACUCUUGAAGAUCGCCAGAGGAUGCCCCUUUCUAUGCCAUUCUCAUGCCACGUUCCAAUCCGAGCUGCAUGCCUUCUUCGUGCUCGAGUAUGCCGACGGGGGAACACUGCACAAAGUUAUUGCAGACCAAGGAAAUCUGUCAAUGAAAAACAUCCAAUUCUACACUGCAGAGAUGGUGAUAGCCCUACAGUUCCUUCACUCCAAUGGCAUCAUUCACCGUGAUCUGAAGCCUGAAAACAUCUUGGUGGAUAACAACGGGCACAUCAAGAUCUGUGACUUCGGCCUUGCUGUUGAAGGAAUGUUCGCCGGAAAGAAAAUCAGCGGAUUGACAGGAACACCUGGAUACCGUGCGCCGGAGGUUUUGUCAUUGGGGAAGUACGAUGCUGGAGUGGACUGGUGGUCAUUCGGGGUCAUCAUGUACGAAAUGGCCACCGGCAGACAGCCAUUUGCCCCAUCACUGGUUUCUGCACAGGAGUUGUUUGAGAUUAAGGAGAGGAAGCUUGAAUACCCGCGUCACAUGAGCCAGGAAAUGCUGGACCUUCUGCCAAAGCUUCUGGAGAUGAACAAGAGCAAACGCUUAGGAGUAAAUGGCAACAUCAGGAAGCACUCAUUCUAUGCCAGAAUCAACUGGAGUGAGCUGGAAAACAGAAAAAUAAAGGCACCUUUCCAGCCCAAAAUUCCACCAGCAGAUAAAUUACCGGUCAUACAUCCAGGAUUCUGCGCUGAGACAUCUAAGAGAGCUAAUGUGGAAGGCUUCUCCGAUGUGGAUUCCAACUGGAAAUGGCAGGAGUAAAGUGUUUUCUGUGCUCAUGUGGACUAAUCUCAAACUGCCUGUAUAGCAAGUGAUGACAGCAACGUACCAUCCAUGGCCAAUUCCAUCAAUGAACAUCAGAUCUGCCGUCUACUGUCUACUGCAAGUGUACAAGUGUCUGUCUGUACAGCCAACUACACCAACACCACAUGGGAUCCUUGACAGAAGGUAGAAAGAACUCGAGGCAUAGUGCACACAAUACAUCACAGGAGGCCCCACCAGAAGAAAGGAAUAGCUGCAGUCCGGACUUUCUAAAUGGACUUUCUCACAGACCCUUGGAUAAGGGUAAAAAUGUAUACUGAACAUACAGUGCACUUAUGGUAAUCCAGUGCACUGUUAAUUAACAACGUUCAGUAUACUUCAGUUUCUUUAUAUAAGGUAAGGUUUAGGGGUAAGUAUAGCAUUAAGUAAGUUUACUUCCUUUUCUAACUUCCAUCCCAUUGUUUUACUGUUUUCUUAUAGAUAGGAUGUUAUAUAGAAAUAGAAAUGUUAGGAUUCCUUCUCAUCUUUACUCCUGUCCCAUUCUUUUCUUUUACCAUUUUCAUUUCUCAUUUUCCUCUUUUCCUCUUUUUCA